GAAGAGGAAGCUUUGGUGCUGUCCGUCCCACUCAGUUUCCAGACUGUGGGCUCUAGACCGUUCUGGCAGUCUGCUGAGCUGUGUGGCCAAACAGAGUGUUCCUGGACGUGCUGCUGUCCUGCAUCGCGGUCUCUGUGCCAAGACCCUGACCACCACAUGACCCAGGUAGGGGCUUCGCAGCCGCUGCCCCGCGUUGUCAAGCACAAGCCCAGCUCAAUUGUGUUCUCAGACAAGAGCAAAGCAGCACAGCACCAUGACCUUAUCAGGUCUGAAUGCAGACCCUUCAACAACGAGGGUUCAGAUGGAGAGGCAUCCAAAGAUAACAGUGGUGACAACGAAGACGAGGACGUUUACGGUGUUUCUCUUGAACUGCAAAGACAGUUCCUCAUCAGCCACAACCGGAGAGACAAAAACAAAGCCAGAAAAGUGGGGCCUUCACACGCUUCUCUGAAAACAGUCCAGGCCUCCAGCAGCACCAUGGCCAAAGACGAGGGCGUCACAGUCAGCGGUGAAAAGGUCCAGUCUAGAGAGUCUGUAACUCUGCUGAUUAGGAAGUUUGAUCAGCUUUGCCUGCACAUCCAGGAAGCAUCACUCUCUGGUUCCUUUGCUUGGGACAAGCCCUGCCAUACCUCAGCAGAAGUCUGGGACAUGCCCUCUGAUUCAGACGGAGUCUUUCCCAACUACAGUCCCAACGACCAUCUGGGGCUUAAGAUGAACACUAGAACAGGAGAAAUCGAAGCAAAGGAGGCAUGUGAUUGGCUGAGGGCAGCAGGAUUCCCACAGUAUGCCCAACUCUAUGAGGAUUCCCAGUUUCCCAUUGACAUAUCUGCUGUCAAAAAGGACCAUGACUUCCUCGACAAAGAUCUGGUGGAGCCCCUGUGCCGGCGGCUCAACACUUUGAACAAGUGUGCCUCCAUGAAACUGGACGUGGGCUUCCCCAAGAAAAGAAGCGAGGACUCGGAUGAGGACGACCUGCUGGCCAUCAGCAGCAGAUGGACAUUUGAGCGGAGCAGCCGCCGCUGGUCUCGGAUGCGGGACAUCGACUUAAUCCUGGGGGGAGCAGAUGGGAGGAGCCCCUCACAGGGUCCCGGCCUACGGACAACAGUGAGCAGCGAGAGCGUCCUGACCGACCUGAGCGAGCCGGAGAUCUGCUCCCUGCACAGCGAAGACUCUCUGUCCAUCAUGCCUGACUCCAUCUCCCUCGCCCACCUGAGCAUGCCCCGAGACCUGCCUCACUACGGUUCACUCCCUGCCAAAAGCGGCCGGCGUGGGCGCACACGUGCCAAGGACUUCCUACGGCGGAUGGAGACGCUGGGGCGCUCGUGGGGGCCCUCGCUAGGGCGUCCAGAGCGCCGAUCAAUAGCUAUCAGUGGGCCAGUCCUGCAGAGUCAGCCAGACGCUCUCAAAACACUGCGCUGUGUCCCAAUAGUCAAUGGAGAACCAUUAAGUCCUGAAAAGUCUCCAACUGCUGGCAGUUGCUCACCCAUGCUGGCAAGCAGUGAAGAGACUAGCCAGUCAGAGCCCGGUGGCAGCACUGGGACCGAACCCAAGGAGUGUGUGCCCAAGCUCCACAGUGCCAGCAAGCGGGCUGGGGUAUACCUGGAUGAUCUGGAUGUGCUGUCUGGGGUCCCACAAAGGAGGAGGCCUGUAGAGCAGAGUCGGAGGAACGAGUUUCGCUCCUAUGAGGACCUGGUGGUGCACAUCCCAAAGGACCACAAGCCAGGCACCUUCCCCAAGGCACUGUCCAUUGAGAGCCUGUACCCUGCAAGUGGAGACACUGGGAACUGGAGAGUUCAGGAGCCAGAACGGCUACGGCAACCAAGGGCUGGGAAGGGCACAGGCCCGAGAGAGCAGCGCCCUGUGACUCGCUGCUGCCCACGGGGCAGCCGGAUCAGCGUGUACGACAACGUGCCAGGUUCGCACUUAUAUGCCAGCACUGGAGACCUAAUGGACUUGGAGAAGGAGGAUCUCUUCCCACACUUAGAUGACAUCCUGCAACAUGUGAAUGGCCUGCAGCAAGUCGUGGAUCACUGGACCAAAAAUGUCCUGCCUGAAGGUGAAUGCGAAGGUGAUGGGGGGAUGACGGAUGCUCAGUCGUCUAGUCAGAUCACGCUGGAUUUCGAAGGGACCUCGUUGACCACACCCAGUGAUGGCGACAGGGACGGUGUGUCUCUGAAUGAUACAGACACUUCCAGCACCAGAGAGCGGCGGGACUCGGGAGUGGGGGCAUCACUGACACGACCUCGCCUCAGGUGGCCCAGCUUCCGGAUGUCCAAUCGCCUCAGCCAAUCAGGAGCUUCGUUACAAAUCUCCAGCCAAUCGGCAGGCCAACUCAGCCUGUUGCAGAAGUUCUCAUUGCUGCGAUUGACAGCUAUCAUGGAGAAAUAUUCUAUGUCCAACAAACAUGGCUGGACCUGGUCAGUGCCAAAGUUCAUGAAGCGAAUGAAGGGGCCAGAGUACAGGGAUAAGAGCGUGUUUGCAGUGCCUCUCAUUGUGCAUGUGCAGCGCUACGGCCAGCCUCUGCCUCUCUGCUUGCAGCUGGCGCUGCGCUACCUCCGGAGCCAAUGCCUCGACCAGGUGGGGCUUUUCCGAAAGUCCGGAGUCAAGUCCCGGAUCCAGGCCUUGAGGCAGAUGUGUGAGAGCUCUCCGGAGAGCGUGGAUUACGAGGAUCAGUGUGCGUACGAUGUGGCGGAUAUGGUGAAGCAGUUCUUCAGAGAUCUUCCUGAGCCACUGCUCACCAGCAAGAUGGGGGAGACCUUCCUCCAUAUUUACCAGUAUGUUCCUAAGGAGCAGCGCUUGCAGGCAGUGCAGGCAGCCAUCAUGCUGAUGGCAGAUGAGAACCGAGAGGUCCUGCAGACCCUGCUCUGCUUCCUGAGUGAUGUCACAUCGUCUGUAGAGGAGAACCAGAUGACCCCGAUGAACCUGGCUGUGUGCCUGGCUCCUUCGCUCUUCCAUCUCAACAUUAUGAAGAAUGACAACCUGUCACCGAGGUCUAUCCAGAGGAAGUAUGCCACCGGACGGCCCGACCAAAAGGACCUCAACGAGAAUCUUGCUGCCACCCAAGGACUUACUCAUAUGAUCACUGAGUGCAACCGACUGUUUGAGGUUCCUCAGGAGAUGCUCACUCAGUCCAGAAAUUCCUACAUGGAUGCUGAACUGCUGGCGCCUCCACUGGACGAGCUGUGCAAACAGCAACAGCAGCUGGAGGAAGAUGAUGAGGAAGGCGAGGAGGAAGGCUCCUAUCGCUGCAACUUGGAGGGGCUGAUCCAGAACCUGCUGAAGGAGGCCAGGGACAAGUCCAAGUGCUGGGUGAGCCGACCCAACAUCGACAACACCGAGCUGUCGUUCAAAAAGCUGGGCGAUGGAACCCCACUGCGGCGAUGGCGUGUCUCAGUUGAAGUGGAGGCUCCCCCGUAUGUGGUGCUGAACCGGGUGCUGCGAGAGCGCCACCUGUGGGACAGUGAACUCCUGCAGGGGAAAGUUCUGGAAACACUGGACAAGCAGACUGAGGUGUACCAGUACUCCCUCAACAGCAUGGCCCCUCACCCCAGCAGAGACUUCGUGGUGCUCAGGACGUGGCGGACAGACAUGCUGAAGGGGGUGUGUGUAUUAGUGUCUGUUUCCAUUGACCAUGAGGACAGCACGCCUGUGGGAGGAGUUCGGGGCGUAGUUCUGGAGUCACAGUACCUGCUGGAACCAUGUGGGUCCGGCAAGUCCAGACUCACACAUAUCUGCAGAGUGGACCUCAAGGGAAAGUCACCUGAGUGGUAUAACAAAGCCUUUGGUCACCUGUGUGCUGCCGAAGUGGCCCGCAUUCGCAACUCCUUCCAACCGCUGGAUGCCGAAGGCCCUGAGACCAAAAUCUAAGCCUGGCUUUGGAGAAGGGCUUGGGGGGAUCAGGGUGUGGGGUCAAACUUGGGACCACAGUCCACAGUUAGGCCAAAGAUCAGGGGCUGGACCAGCGCCAACGUGACUAUGGUUGGACCAGAGGACUUUGGAUACUGUAACGAAGUGUAAAGUGGUGGGAAUAGUAAGUGGAGAGAGUUGCGGAGGGUGAAGUAGGACGAAGCUUAAAGAGAACGAUGGGACGUUUUUGCAGCAAUACUCAGACUCAGAAUACUUUCGGAAUACAGAAACAUUAAUGCUGUACAGCCCCGAUUUCUAACCAUCACGACUUGUUGUACAGUAUGUUCCGUCACUUGGGUGCUUGGCUUGUUGUAUAUCUGGUUAGUCCAAACUCCAAAACUUCACUGCCAGUUCCAGAGCGUCCCUGGUUGGUGGAUGUUUUGAUGUAGAGCAGAAUUGGGAAAUGAAGGUGAGAGAAAGUGAGAGAGGCUCUGCGGCGGUCAUUCAGCUUUGCGUGAAGAAGCAGUCGAUGUGAAAAGGCCUUCUGGUCUAGUCUAGUCUUCUUAGCUGUGCUUUGAGCCUGCGUUCACAGACAGUACUGUACUAACUCCUGCAGGUAGUGCUAAAGAGGGCCGUGGCGUGAGGUCUUCGACGAGCGCUGCACACAGCAAUAUUUUCAUGAAGACGUCACUUCAGCCCAGCUGUUGUAGAGCGGUCCAUUUCACAUUUGGUGUUGCGUUUAGGCCCCACUCGCUGUUGCGCUUCCCACCUGGCUGUUAGUUUCAGAGACAAUACAAGUACCAACCACGAGUCGUUAGAUUUCCUGAGUGGGACUGGGCCGCAGAGAGCCACCCAUAGGUUUAUAUAGACGUACUUUCAGUCCAGGUGUGCAUAACAUGAGAAUAAACAUUAGAUUAUGGCCAUACAUUUAAAGCAACAUGAAGUGAAAUGAUUAUUAUUAUUAUUAUUAUUAUUAUUAUUAUUAUUAUUGUUGUUGUUGUUGUUGUUGUGUCAGUGUCAUGCUAUACAAUGUCUAGGACAUUAAUCCAUUCCACAGCUUCUAAGAAGCAUAUCUGUAAUCAUUUUUACACACAACACUGUAUAUCUAGAACAAACUGUGUCAGUGUACAUAUUUGCAUGUGUAUAUGUGUAUAUAUGCAUAUUUUACAGUAUAUUUUGUACAUAAGUGAUGCUUUUAGGCAGAUUUACCUGCUUCUUCUGCUCAUAACGUUUUUUUCAUGUCAUAUUAAUAAUGUUAAAAACAAUGCAAUACCAAAAACGUAAGCUGGUGUCUCCAUGCGUCCCCAGUGCUGAGCGAGUGGGAACAGCGUGUGUGAGUUUGACGUGAGCUCCGUGGAGACGAGCGUCAUGGCUCCAGAAACUAGUUUCAGAGCUCUAGAGCGGAGGACAGGGUCUCAACGUUGCUUUGUAAGGAGAAUGAAUAAAACCUCAUUGGAAUACA